AUGUCAAAAGAUACAGACUCUCCCAACAAGCUCGAACAACGAGCAAAGGAUUUUAUGCAGUCCUUUAACACAGAAGACAUCAAGCGUCGCAAAGAAGAACAAACAGUUGAGCUUCGUAAAUCCAAGCGGGCUGAUAUGGCUAGCAAACGAAGAAAUUUCCAAGCGAGCGAUCGUGAAUGAAUCAAAGUGAAUGACCACUAUAAGCCAUCUUACACCUUAGCAGACCUCCCAGAGCUCCUUGAAGCUAUGAAAUCUCCUGAACCAGAGCGUAACUUGUACGCUGCUCAAGGAUUUCGUAAGCUCUUAAGUAUUGAAAAUGAGCCUCCUAUCCAAAAUGUCAUUGAUGCAGGAGUAGUCCCAGUUCUCAUUGAAUUCAUAAAAAGACAUGAUUUUCCUCAGCUUCAAUAUGAAUCCGCAUGGACUAUCACAAAUAUUGCCUCAGGUACACAUCAGCACUGUCAGGUCAUUGUAGAGAAAGGCUCAAUUCCUUUAUUAGUAGAUUUACUUCGAUCUUCGAACGAAGAAGUCAAAGAACAAGCUAUUUGGGCUAUAGGAAAUAUUGGAGGAGACUCCCCUAAUUGUAGGGAUACCAUAUUAAAAUAUGAUGGGCUUAAUUUGAUAAUACGGUGUGUAGAGAACUCCAAUAAGCCUUCUAUGAUAAAAAAUGGAAGCUGGGCUGUAAGUAAUUUAUGCCGAGGCAAACCAUCUGCUGAUUAUGAACUCGUUAAAUGUGCAAUUCCAUUGCUUGCAAAGAUUGUUGAAAGUCAUCAUGAUGCUGACCUUUUAUCUGACUGCUUGUGGGCGCUUUCACAUUUAAGUGAAGGAGGGGAAGAAAAAAUUACCAAUAUAAUACACAGUGGAUGCGUACCAAAAGUCAUUCAGCUUUUAGGCCAUCAUUUAUAUAAUAUACAGCUUCCUUCUAUCAGGAUUAUUGGAAAUAUAGUGUCAGGGACUGCCGUGCAAACAGAGUUUGCUAUUAGUUUAGGUGCUGCACAAGGAUUAUCGAACUUAUUGACAUCUUCUAAGAAAAAUAUCAGAAAAGAAGCCGUGUGAAGCAUUUCGAAUAUUUGUGCUGGCACACAGGAACAGUUAGAUUCAUUAAUUAAUGCUGAUGUCUUUAAAAAAUUAGCAAGUAUAGUAGAGCACGAUGAAAAAAUGAUCAAAAAAGAAGCAGUUUGGGCUCUUUGCAAUGCUGCAGCUGCAGGAAGGCCUGACCAAGUUUUGCAUUUAGUUAAUUGUGGCGUGAUUCCUGCGCUAUGCAGCUUGCUUAAUCAAAAUGAAUCAAAGAUAAUUACUGUUGCUUUGGAAGGUAUCAAUAGGAUUUUGAAAAAUGGGAAAGAAAGCUUUUCUAAUGAACAAGGGACGAAUCCAUUUGCUGAUAUUUUGGAAGAAUGCGGAGGGUUAAGUAAACUUGAGGAUUUGCAAGAGCAUCCUAAUAAUGCGAUUUAUGAAAAAUCAAGGCAGGUGAUAGAAAACUAUUUUGAGUUGGAAGCUGAUGAAAAUGACAACUUAAUUCAAUUAAUCAAAGACAAUGUGCAGUUUAGUUUCUAA